UCUUCCUGCGACCACAAAGAGCGGUCCUAGUGCCCUCUACAUGGUCCUAGUGCCUCCAUGUACCCUAACCGCCAUUAAACAGAAAAAAGAAGAACGACGAAGCCAACUUGGAAGUGGUCCAUUGAAAGGUUGCUAGCGCGACCUCCUGUACUGUAGAAUGUAGUAUGGACCAUAGGACAGGACGAAGAAGUCCCGUUAAGAAGCUGUGGAGGCCUAAGAUGCUCUACUUGUCUGCUGGAAAUCCAAAGAAGACGAAGGAGUAAAAAGCAAAAUGGCGUUUGACAGAGAAGGCCUAAACGUGGCCACUGGCCAUUAUUGUUUCUCUAUUUGUAUUUAGUGCAUACAUGUACGCAUAUAUGUCGUGUAGUAGAUGAAACAUUGCUAGUCAUUGUUUGUAUCCGGAUAAAUUAGUCUGAGCGCACUUUAUGUGCUAGCUUAGCUUGCUAGUUAGCUUAGCUUGUUAGCUGCUAACAAAGAGACGCGGACGUUAUCAACACAUCGCUAAGUAGAGAUCAAAUGUGAGUGUAAAGUGUUGUGAUUGUGUGAAAAUGUGCGAAAGAACGAUAGCAAAGUAUGAGGAGGAAAUUUGUCCAACAAAAGAGGAGAAGGAGCGACAACAUCAACUACAGGACGCUGUUUUCAAGAAACAUCAAGUUGUGUUACACAGAACAGAUGUCCAGCAGCCCCCCCACAUUAAAGAGGAAGAGGAGGAUCCACAGCCGCCCCACAUUAAAGAUGAAGAGGAGGAAGUGUGGAUCACUCAGGAGGAAGAGUCUCUUCUAGGGCAGGAGGAGGCUGAUCUCACCAAGUUUCCACUGACUGUUGUCUCUGUGAAGACUGAAGAGCAUGAAGACAAACCACCUGAGUCCUCACAGCUUCAUCACAGUCCAAAAGUCUGUGAAGAACAACUUCUGCCUGAAAAACAGGAGUGUAGCUUCAGGAUGGCGAAGGAGGAUCCAUCAAAGAGGAAGACCAGGCGCCACGGACCCUCUGGUGUCUCCUUUUCCUCUUUGACACAGACCCUUCCCUGUAAAAAGGAAGAGGAAGACUCACCGACCCCCCACAUUAAAGAGGAAGAGGGGGAACACAGCAUCAGUCAGGAGGGAGAGCAUCUUGAAGGACUGGUGGAGUUCCCAGUGACUGGUGUCCCUGUGAAGAGUGAAGAUGAUGAGGUCAAAGGUGAAAGUGAGGAGAAGAGAGAGGCGGAGCCUCCAAGCAGCAGCUCAACACAACACAUGACAACAGAAGCUGAUGGAGACCACUGUGGAGGAUCACAAGCAGACAAGCUCUUAGCUCCACUAUCAGAUAGUGAGGACACAACAUCACACUCUCCUGACACUGAUGAUGAAGACUCUAAAGAUGAUAAGACAUGUCACACUGACAACACUCACUUCAAAUGUGCUCACUGUGACAAAACCUUUAAAUACCAUUGUCGUCUGAAAAGACACAUGAUAAUACACACUGGAGUGAAACCUUUUACUUGUUCAAUCUGUGGCUUAUCUUUUACAAGGAAGGACAAUAUGAAAGAUCACACAAGAAGACACAAAGGAGAAAAACCUUUUUCGUGUUCUGUGUGUGAUUCAAGUUAUGCACGAAGUCAAUGUUUGAAAUUACACCUGAAAAGACACACUGGGGAAAACCUUUUUAAGUGUUCCGUGUGUAAUUCAAGUUUUGUCCGAGGUGAAAAUUUGAAAACCCACAUGAGAACACACACUGGAGAAAAACCUUUUUCUUGUUCAGUCUGUGGUGUAUUUUUUACACAGAGUGCAAGUUUGAAAAAACACAUGAGAACACACACUGGAGUUAAAUCUUUUUCCUGUUCAGUGUGUGGAACAGGUUUUGUACACAAGAACAACUUGAAAACACACAUGAGAAUACACACUGGAGAAAAACCUUUUUCCUGUUCAAUCUGUGGCUUAUCUUUUACAAGGAAGGAACAUAUGAAAGAGCACACAAAAACACACACCGGAGAAAAACCUUUUUCCUGUUCUGUGUGUGAUUCAAGUUUUGCACGGAGGCAAAAUUUGAAAUCACACAUGAGAAUACACGCUGAGUUGCAGUGUGUGUGAUGAAAGAUUCUCUCAUGAGUACCAACUUAACAAACACAAGUGUGCUGGUGAGAACAGCAGCAGUAAAAUAGAAAAGUGCUCUGCAGACCUCCACCAGGCCAAAUCUCCCAGUAGUAAAGAAUCCUUCAAAAGAAGGCUGAAUCCAAAUGAUGAUUAGGAUCAACAGCAAAAUCGAGUCACUUGUUCCUUAUCCCAUUUCUGAAAUUUCCUGAAAGUUUCAUUAGCAUCUGACUAUACUUUUGUUAUGAUUCCAACUAAAUGACAAUUAAUCAAGCCCCAAGUCACUUUUAGGUAUUUUUCAAUUACUUCAAUCGCAAACAUAUAAAUAUGUUUCUUAGUUACACAUUCUGGAAAACAACAUCCACACAACAGUUUAUAUUUAUUUUUCAUUCUGACUAAUAUGUUUAGUUGCGUACUAACGCAUCAAUUUGUACUUCUGCUAAUAUUUAAGAAGUGAUGAUGAUGUUAUGGUUCAGUGUGCCCCUUCACAGGCUUGCUGUCUCCAAAACAAGUCUCCACCAUGAUGGUGCCAGCGGUCCUACUACUUGUAUUUGUACACUAUACAAUAUAAUUAUGCACACCUUUUUGUAAGAUAGACAUUUUUGUUUGUACUAGCACUUUGAAACCAGCGCUGUAUCCUUUGCAUGUGACCUUGUAGAAUAAAAUAUGUUUUUUUAUGAACAA